AUCUGCCUGAUGCUCGUACCAUCAAACAUCCGCAGCCAAGAAGUCCCUCAGACAGCUUGCCGGCUCCCGACUCAGCCUUCAUCCACAGAUUCAAGAGAUCCCUGAAACGGAGAGGUUUCCUCCGUAACAGGAUGGACAGAAAGAGGCCAGGUCGUGACGAGAGAGAGAAAGGAAAAGGCAGAGCAUGUGCACUAAGACAAGUCCAGCUGAAAGUGUCAGAUCUGGGUUUGGGCUACAGGAGUCAGGAGGAGAUGAUAUUCAGCUACUGCAGCGGCGUGUGUGUAAACUCACUCACUAACUACGACAAAAUCCUCACCAGCCUCGCCGGCGGUGAUAAAAACGUUCUGCACAGCUCGCCUCCCACCGCCUGCUGUCGACCCGUCCAAUACGACGACGACCUGUCCUUUCUGGAUGACAACCUGAUAUACCACACCAUGGAGAGGCACUCGGCACGGAGAUGUGGCUGUGUCUAAGCAGCUGUGGGAGACAAUGACACAAGACUGGAAAAUCAAUGGAAGCAAUUUCAGGUUAUUACAUGUGACUUGGUUGAGGGAAUCACCAUGAUUGCAUUUCUCUGAGAAGAUACAGGAUAGGGAAUUUCAAGAAAGGUGUUGCAGGA